CUCGGAUUCCUGGGCCCGAUUUUAGAGAGGAAGGAAGCGCGUUCCGCUUCCCGGCCCAACCCUCUUUCCUUCCGCUUCCCGGCCCAACCCUCCAUACAAAUGCAAAACCCUAAUAAGAAACCCUAAGAAACCCUUCUCCCCCGCCACCGGCCACCACCCCGACCAACGGAGGCAGCGAUGGGAUGCACGGCGUCCACGCGACGUGCGGGGUGGGGCUCGCUCGUGUUCGAUGUCUCAGGGUACGGCGGAGUUAGCCUCGACGUACAAUCAUCAGAAGUAUUCACCGUCGGCGCUUACGACUGGCAGAUUCGUUUCUAUGAGGAAGGAGUGUUUGGGCAUUCCGGAGGCUAUGUGGCGGUCUAUCUCUUUUUAGUCAGCAAGAAGGCCAAGGUGAGGGCAACAUUCGAGCUCAGUUUGGUGGACAUCACUGGAUCAACGCCGCCUCGUACGAUGAGGACGGUCGACGCAGAAUUUGACUCUGGCGACCGAACGUGCUUCGGCCAUCCCGAGUUCAUGAGGAAGAGCGAGCUCGAGGCGUCGCCUUACCUUCGCGGCGAUCGCCUCACAAUUGAGUGUGCCAUCACUAUCUGCAAGGAAGCGCCGGUCUCGUCGAAAUCGUUUGCUGAGGUGCCGCCAUCCGACAUCACGGAUCACCUCAGGAAGCUGUGGCAAGGGAAAGAGGGCAGCGAUGUCACCUUCGAGGUUCAAGGGGAGGCUUUUCCUGCCCACAAGACGGUGCUCGCGAUGCGGUCGCCGGUGUUUAAGGCAGAGCUGUACGGUGCCUUGAGGGAAAAUGAUAUGGGUCGCGUUAUCAUUGGCGACAUGCAACCUGCAGUCUUCGAGGCCCUGCUCCAUUUUAUAUACACCGAUUCAUUGCCCACCAUGGAUGAUCUUUACCAAGAUCAAGAUGAAUACAAAGAGAUUAUUGGACAUUUGCUUGUAGCCGCGGAUCGGUAUGCCAUGGAAAGACUGAAGAUCAUAUGUGAAAGCAUCCUUUGCAAGAACAUAGAUGUGAAGACCGUGGUGACUACACUGGCUUUGGCUGAUCAGCAUCACUGCAACAAGUUGACUGAUGCUUGCAUUGAAUUUAUUGCCUCUUUGGGUAAAGUGGAUGAUAUAAUAGCAAGCCAGGGAUAUGCUGAGCUCAAAAGAACCUGUCCUUUGGCUUUACUGGAACUGUGGGAGAAGGCAACUAGGCUCUACAUGAUAUAGUCUUCAUUUCACAUUGGCAUGCGUGUUAAGUCGCAUACAUAUCUUGCUACUUGUUUGAUGAAGGAUUAGUUUAUUUUAAUAUAUAUGGAGCUUCGGUGAAAAACAGUACUACUCUGCUAAUGUUUUUCAUUUGCCAAGAUGUUGCAUACUUAUCCUUUUAGCGCAAAUGGCUAGUGUAUGCUACUCAGUUCGAUGGUGAUAUCUGCCGUAACGAAUAAGCAGCAAAAUGCGACAAGAGUGGGCCAGGAGUGUGUUAAUGUGAUUAUAAGGGAACAUUUCAUCAAAAUAUGAAAUUCGAAACGGGAGAACGAAUGCCACAUUUUCGAACUCUUGAGUGUUGUAAAACAAUGGGGGUGCAUUUGAAACAAUAAUUCUUGCACUGGAAGGUGUUCAAUUUCUAUUGUCAGGUACUUUUCUGUUCUUGCAUCCUCCAAUUGGUUUCAGUUUUUAUUUUACUUACCUGAAAAGUUGAGACUGAAUCCAUAAGCAGUUGACCCAUCGGUAUGCUUUUAAUCUUUUACAAAUAUAAAAUGAAUUAAGUAAUCAAUCUAACCUAUGGAAUGAUUGAGUACCAUCACAUCAUCCAACUAUACUGUUAUAUAAACAUCAUCGGUACAUCACAGUAUUGGGCAAUUGGCCUAUAUUGCUAUUACUUUGAAUGAAACACAUUUGUACUAUAUGACAGUAACUAAUUGGAAGAGUGCAGUAUGUUAAUGCACCUGCAUAUCCUUAAGAAUAAAAUAUCCAAUAAAAGUUGACAUUUGAAAGUACCCCUUGUGUUGUAAAGUAAUCAUUUUGAUACAGAAGGAACGUAAUAAUGAAGGCAAGCAUGUAAAAAACUGGGGAAAGUAUUGUUCGUAACAGGUUAUAUGCAGCCCUACCGUCUACAGGAACGCAUCAAAGCAAACUUCGGAAAUUGGUGCAUGUCAGGCAAGUCAGGAUUUAGUUGUUAUUUACAGAGGUGAUUUCUGUUCCCUUUAAUUUGUAGAAAUUUGGGGCAGGGAAGCAACGGAAUAUUUUUUUCAAAAGUAUUCUCAAGCUGAUUUGUAUGUGACGAGAUUAUUAAUCAGUUUGAUCGAGAUAUUUUUUGUAUUUGACGCAGUAUGUAUGUACCAAGCAGGAUUGCAAGUCAAUCUCACCUUAGGAUAUUAUUCAUACCUAUUAGCAAGUCUACAUGGAUCAUUU